CGGCGGCGCGUCACGUUCUCUUCCCCGCCCCGAGCCGAGCAGCCGGGGAGGCGGGAGGCGGCGGCCGCGGCGGCUGCUGCUGCUGCGAGGCAGGUGGCGGAGACCGGCGGCGUCCCGGCGUCCCAGGCGAUUUAAUCCAGAGAUUAAGUUCUCUAUAGAAACACCCACGUUUGUAUGGAUGAUUGGGGAAAGAUAGUGGCACCAGACAAGGGGAAAGCAGUCUGACCUUCCAAGAAAAUGAGUAUGCUGAAACCGAGUGGGCUAAAGGCCCCUACCAAGAUCCUUAAGCCUGGAAGCACAGCCUUGAAGACACCUGCUGCUGCUGCUGCUCCAGUGGAAAAGACAAUAUCCAAUGAAAAAGCCUCAGUCCCUCCAUCCUCUGAGACCCAAGAGGAAUUUGUGGAUGACUUUCGAGUUGGAGAACGCGUUUGGGUGAAUGGAAAUAAGCCUGGGUUUAUCCAGUUUCUUGGGGAAACUCAAUUUGCACCAGGCCAGUGGGCUGGGAUUGUUUUAGAUGAACCCAUAGGAAAGAACGAUGGUUCCGUGGCAGGAGUUCGGUAUUUCCAGUGUGAACCUUUAAAGGGCAUAUUUACCCGACCUUCAAAGUUAACCAGGAAGGUGCAAGCAGAAGAUGAAGCCAAUGGCCUGCAGACAGCUUCUGUGAGAGCUGCUUCACCUCUGUCCACGGCUGCAGCCACAAUGGUGUCGUCUUCUCCAGCCACCCCCUCAAAUGUCCCCCAUAACCUUUCCCAGUCAACAGCAAAAGAAACCUCAACUACACCUCAAAUCAGCAACCUUACAAAAACUGCCAGUGAGUCAAUCUCCAACCUUUCAGAGGCUGGCUCCAUCAAGAAAGGAGAGCGGGAGCUCAGGAUCGGAGACAGGGUGUUGGUUGGUGGUUCUAAGGCUGGUGUAGUCCGGUUUCUUGGAGAGACUGACUUUGCCAAGGGGGAAUGGUGUGGUGUGGAAUUAGAUGAACCUUUGGGGAAGAAUGAUGGUGCUGUUGCUGGAACAAGGUAUUUUCAAUGUCAACCCAAAUACGGAUUGUUUGCUCCUGUCCACAAAGUGACAAAGAUUGGCUUUCCUUCUACUACACCAGCCAAAGCCAAAGCCGCUGCUGUGAGGCGAGUGAUGGCCACCACGCCUGCCAGCCUGAAGCGCAGCCCUUCUGCCUCCUCCCUCAGCUCCAUGAGCUCGGUGGCCUCCUCUGUGAGCAGCAAGCCCAGCCGAACAGGACUAUUGACUGAAACCUCCUCCCGCUACGCCCGCAAGAUCUCGGGCACCACCGCCCUCCAGGAGGCCCUGAAGGAGAAACAGCAGCACAUUGAACAGCUGCUGGCUGAGCGGGACCUGGAGCGGGCCGAGGUGGCCAAGGCCACCAGCCACGUGGGGGAGAUAGAGCAGGAGCUAGCCCUGGCUCGAGAUGGGCAUGACCAGCAUGUCCUGGAACUGGAGGCCAAGAUGGACCAGCUGCGAACAAUGGUAGAAGCUGCUGACAGGGAGAAAGUGGAGCUCCUCAACCAAUUAGAAGAAGAGAAAAGGAAGGUUGAGGACCUUCAGUUCCGAGUUGAAGAAGAAUCAAUUACCAAAGGCGAUCUUGAGGUGGCUACAGUGUCAGAAAAGUCCCGAAUAAUGGAACUAGAAAAGGACCUAGCAUUGAGAGUACAGGAAGUAGCUGAGCUCCGAAGAAGGCUAGAGUCCAGUAAACCUCCCGGGGAUGUGGAUAUGUCUCUAUCUCUUUUGCAAGAAAUAAGUGCUUUGCAAGAAAAGCUAGAAGCCACACGUACUGACCACCAGAGUGAGAUGGCAUCUCUGAAGGACCACUUUGGAGCUCGGGAAGAGAUGUUUCAGAAGGAGAUCAAGGCCCUGCAUACUGCCACUGAAAAGCUUUCCAAAGAGAAUGAGUCCUUGAGAAGCAAGCUUGACCAUGCUAACAAGGAAAACUCAGAUGUGAUAGCUCUAUGGAAGUCCAAACUGGAGACUGCCAUUGCAUCCCACCAGCAGGCAAUGGAGGAACUGAAGGUAUCCUUUAGCAAAGGCAUUGGAACGGACUCAGCCGAAUUUGCUGAGUUAAAGACACAAAUAGAGAGGCUGAGACUAGAUUACCAGCAUGAAAUAGAAAAUUUACAGAGUAAGCAGGACUCGGAACGGUCUGCUCAUGCUAAAGAGAUGGAGACCCUGAAGGCCAAGCUGAUGAAAAUCAUUAAAGAAAAGGAAGACAGCCUGGAGGCCAUCAAAGCAAGACUGGACAGUGCAGAAGACCAGCAUCUCGUGGAAAUGGAGGACACAUUAAACAAGUUGCAGGAGGCUGAAAUAAAGGUAAAGGAGCUAGAGGUUCUGCAAGCCAAGUACAAUGAGCAAACCAAGGUCAUUGAUAAUUUUACAUCAGAGCUCAAGGUUGUGGAAGAGAAGCUCUUGGAUUUUGAUGCACUUCAGAAAGCCAAUUCCGAAGGUAAAUUGGAAAUUGAGACACUUAGACAACAGCUUGAAGGAGCUGAAAAGCAGAUUAAAAAUUUAGAGACCGAAAAGGACGCUGAAAGUAGCAAGGCUAAUAGCAUUACCAAAGAGCUGCAGGGAAAAGAGCGAAUGCUCGCUAACCUGAAGGAUACUUUGAGUGAAGUCAGUCAAGUGAAGGAGACUUUGGAGAAAGAACUUCAGACCCUGAAAGAAAAGUUUGCUGAUGCUUCAGAGGAGGCAGUCUCUGUUCAGAGAAGUAUGCAAGAUACUGUAAAUAAACUGCACCAAAAAGAGGAAGAGUUUAACAUGUUGUCUUCUGAACUGGAGAAGUUGAGAGAAAAUCUAACAGACAUGGAGGCAAAAGUUAGAGAGAAGGAUGAAAGAGAAGAGCAGCUGGUAAAGGCAAAGGAAAAAUUAGAAAAUGACAUUGCAGAAAUAAUGAAGAUGUCAGGAGAUAACUCUUCUCAGCUGACAAAGAUGAAUGAUGAAUUACGUCUGAAGGAAAGAUCUCUGGAAGAACUACAGCUAAAACUUACAAAGGCUAAUGAAAAUGCAAGUUUUCUGCAGAAAAGUAUUGGGGAGGUAACUGUUAAAGCUGAACAGAGUCAACAGGAAGCAGCCAAAAAACAUGAAGAAGAAAAGAAAGAAUUGGAGGAAAAGUUGUUGGAACUGGAAAAGAAGAUGGAAACAAGUCACAACCAGUGUCAGGACUUGAAAGCCAAGUAUGAAAAAGCCAGUUCUGAGACAAAAACAAAGCAUGAGGAAAUUCUGCAGAACCUACAGAAGAUGCUGGUGGACACCGAGGAGAAACUGAAGGCUGCUCAGGAGGUGAACAGACGCCUAAUGCAGGACGUGGAGGAACUGAAAGCACAGGCUGAGAAAGCCAAAUCGCUAACUCAUUUGUUAACAUCAGCCAAAAAAGAGAUUGAACUAAUGUCAGAAGAGCUGAGGGGUCUGAAAUCAGAGAAGCAGCUUCUUGUGCAGGAGGCAAAUGCUUUAAAGUUAGAGAAAGGUUCACUUUUAUCAAAGCUUAUAGAAAUGGAGACCAAGAUAACUUUGCUUCAGGAAGACCAACAGAAACUGUGGUCAGUAAACGAAACGCUCCAUUUAGAAAAGGAGAAAGUCUCAGAAGAAAAGCAGGUUGCUGAAAAACGCUAUCAGCAGGAGCAUCGGGAAAAGGAGUCUCUGGUGGCUGAGAAAGAGAAACUGCUUAAGGAAAUCAGUGUUGCCCAGGAAGAGCUCUUGAAGAUGCAAAUGGAGAAUGACUCCCUGGAAGCCUCCAAGGUGAGCAUGCAGGUGCUCAUCGAGGAGCUCCGCUUCUGCAAGGACAAGCUGAUGGCCAUGUCAGAGAAGGCCCGGGCAGAGAAAGAGCGCCUGGAGGGCCAGGUCCAGAAGCUCACGGCUGAGAACAUGGUCUUGGUCAAAGACAAGGAUGACGUCAUUCAGAAACUUCAGAGUGCUUACGAGGAGCUUGUGAAGGAUCAGAAGGCCUUGGUCCAGGAGAUCGAGGAGCUCACAACGGAAAAGAAGUCAGCCACAGAAAAGCAGAUGAACCUCGACAAUACUUGCAUCUCCCUAAAGGCAGAGCGGGAGAACCUUCUCCAGAGCAACAGAGACCUGCAGUUUGAGAAGGACACACUGCGCCAGGGCCAGGAGAAGCUGAGUGCCAGCCUGGAGGCCACCCUGCAGGUCAAACAGCUGCUCAGCACGGAGGCAGAGACGCUGCGCACGCAGCUGGACUGUUCGACCAAAGCGCUGAGGAAAGCAGAGUUAGACAUGAGACAGCUCCAGACCACCAAUGCAAGCCUCACAAAGCUCCUGGAAGAGAUAAAGACCUGUCGGGCGAUCACAGACUCGGAGUGUAUCCAGCUUCUCCAUGAGAAGGAGAGCUUGGCAGCCACUGAGAGGAAGCUCCUGGCAGAGAAAGAAGAACUGUUAAGUGAAAAUAGAAUCAUCACUGAAAAGCUCAACAAGCACUCAGAAGAGGCCAUGCAUCUUGAGAUAAGCCUAAAUGAGAAGAUCACAUACUUAACUUCUGAGAAGGAGAUGGCUUGCCAAAAAGUUGCUAGGCUUAAAAAGCAGCAGGAUAGUCUCUUGAAUGAAAAAUCAGCACUAGAGAUGCAAAAUGGAGAUCUCCUUGCUGAGAGGGAAAAUUCUAUCAAGACCAUAGGCGAUCUUAAAAGGAAGUAUGACCAAGAGGCUGCAAACAGACGAAUAGUUGUGCAGGAGAAGAUGAAACUGCUUGGUAAUAUCGAUGCUCUGAAGAAAGAGCUUCAGGAAAGAAUGAAGGAAAACCAGGAGCUGACGAGCAGCAAGUGCGACCUCUCCUUGAUGCUGAAAGAAGCUCAAAAUGCCAAAAAGAAUCUUGAAAAAGAGCACACCAGCAUGAUGCAGGCAAAGGAGGACUUGAACGCUGAGCUGAAGACUUGCUGCUGCGAGAAGAACAUCUUGCUGAGGGAUGGCUUGAACCUUCAGGAAGAGUGUCAGAAACUAAACGAGGAGAUUCAGGAAAUUCAGCAGACGUUAAUCCUGGAGAAGGAGGCGAGGGCAAAGGAAAACGAAACCUCUUUAUAUGAAAAUAACAAGCUUCAUGGGAGAAUAGUGCUCCUGGAGGAGGAGAUACAGGAGUUAAGGGUGUGUACUGAACAGCUCCAGACUGAGAAUUUUACGCUUGCCCAAGAGAAGACCAACUCAGAGCAAAAAGUGGUGGAAAUCAUUAAGGAAAAGGAACUCCUGAGUGCAGAGACAGCUCAGCUUGCUGCCAACAUUGAGACCCUAAAAAGUGACUUUGCUGCCCUUUCCAAGUCCAAGUUGGAAUUGCAAGAACUACACAGCUGCCUCACCAAGAUCCUGGAUGAGCUCCGGCUGAACCACGAGGUGGCUUUGACCGAGAGAGCUGAGGUGCUUCAGGACAAAAAGAACCUCCUGGCUGAGAAACGGGAGAUGAUGCUGAGAAAUGAAGAGGUCCUGAAGGAGAAGGAGAAGCUGGAAGAAAGCUACUUCAUUCUCCAGAAAGAGAUUAGCCAGCUGGCCCAAACCAACAGCCACAUUUCAGCCAACCUCCUAGAAUCCCAAAGCGAAAACCGUACUUUGAGAAAAGACAAGAGCAAGCUUACCCUUAAAAUUAGAGAGCUUGAGACCCUUCAUUCGUUCACGGGUGCUCAGACUGCAGAAGAUGCCAUGCAGAUCAUGGAACAGAUGACCAAAGAGAAGACAGAAACUCUGGCCUCCUUGGAGGACACCAAGCAAACAAAUGCAAAACUACAGAAUGAAUUGGACACACUUAAAGAAAACAACUUGAAAAACAUGGAAGAACUGAACAAAUCAAAAGAACUUCUGAAUGUAGAGAAUCAAAAAAUGGAAGAGUUCAAGAAAGAAAUAGAAACCCUAAAGCAGGCAGCAGCUCAGAAGUCCCAGCAGCUUUCCGCACUGCAAGAAGAGAACGUCAAACUUGCCAAGGAGCUCGGGAGAACUCGGGACGAAGUCUCAAGUCAUCAAAAGCUGGAAGAAGAAAGAUCUGUGCUCAAUAAUCAGUUGUUAGAAAUGAAAAAGAGAGAAUCCGAGUACAUAAAAGACGCUGAUGAAGAGAAAGCCUCUUUGCAGAAAUCCAUCAGUCUCACCAGUGCCUUACUCACAGAAAAGGACGCAGAGCUGGAGAAGCUGAGGAAUGAGGUCACAGUGCUCAGAGGAGAAAAUGCCUCUGCCAAGUCUCUGCACUCAGUUGUGCAGACUCUGGAGUCUGAUAAGGUGAAGCUGGAGCUCAAGGUCAAGAACUUGGAGCUUCAACUCAAAGAGAACAAGAGGCAGCUCAGCAGCUCCUCAGGUAAUACUGAUGCUCAGGCAGAAGAGGAUGAGAGAGCUCAGGAGAGCCAGAUUGAUUUUCUCAAUUCAGUAAUAGUGGACCUUCAAAGAAAGAACCAGGACCUCAAGAUGAAGGUGGAGAUGAUGUCUGAGGCCGCACUGAACGGCAAUGGAGAUGAUCUGAACAGUUAUGACAGUGAUGACCAGGAGAAGCAGUCCAAGAAGAAACCCCGCCUCUUCUGUGACAUUUGUGACUGCUUUGAUCUCCACGAUACGGAGGACUGCCCCACUCAGGCACAGAUGUCAGAAGACCCUCCCCAUUCCACACACCACGGCAGCCGGAGUGAGGAGCGGCCGUACUGUGAGAUCUGUGAGAUGUUUGGGCACUGGGCCACCAACUGCAAUGACGAUGAGACCUUCUGAGGGAGCCUCGACGGCAGGGUUAGGCUUUCUCAGACUCUGGCACCUAGGCAGCUUUCUACCAGCAUUGCGUGUGCCACUCCAGAAGAACUCGUUAUUUUUUGACCCUUGUCAACAAAUCUAAGAAAAUAUUUUGAUCUUCAACAAAUUUCCCUUUCAAUUCCCCUCGUAAGUUAAAAUAAAUAUUUGGUAGGUGGGCUUUCACUUUCAUCUUUGUUUUCUGGAUUUUUAUGAUUAAAGACAUUGUACCAGGUGCCGUUACUUUUUUGUUCCUAGAGAAACAUUGUGGGACAAGCUGGACCCUGACCAUCUUAUUUAAGAAACUUUAAAUUAUGCUGUUAUUUCUCAUAUUUGCACUAAAAUAGUUCCUGGCUAUAUCUGUAUAUUUCAGGUUUUUGUUGUUGCUGUUGUUAUGCUUUGACACUGGAAUGAGUUGCAAAAAAAAAUGUGCCACUUUACAUUUCCAUGUACUCAUUUAAAUAAUUUUCUUUCUAAAUAUCCAAGCUCUCCGCACUACCUGCUUUCAGUAGUGCCUUUUUCCAGGCUUGACAAUACUUAGGUGUGAUUAUAAAUCAUGCAACAGGUAAAAGGGAGGGGAGAGCCCCAAACUGCUGCGGGACAUUUUAUAACCUAUAUGCUGCACCCACAGACCCGACAGUGGUGUUUUCUUUAUUGGUUUUACAUAAUUUCAACCUCUAUAUAUUAUAUGUAUAUAUAUUUUUUAAAAAAAUCUAUAUUUUGGGGAAAAAAGUAUACACAAUGUGUCUUCUUUUCAGAUUUUUUUACCUUUAUGAAAAAGAAAACACCUAAAAGGCUCAUCAGGAUGUGACUGACUAGAAACAGCCUCUGUGGCUUCACAGCUGUUGUCUUUGUUUCCAUGUUGUUUCUUGGCCAGAUCUGAAGAGCUGGAAGAACUGUCUCCAGCUCUUUGGUUGUAUUUCCCUUCUUUUGCAGAUAACCCCAGCAGUGAAAUAAGCCACUCUUAUGACAGCUAAACUAACCGAUCUACAGCCCUCCUUUAUACACUUGUGGGUUUGUUUGUUUGUUUGCUUUUACUGUGUUUUUAAUGAAUGUAUGAUGAGAAAUUCAACAUUAAUAAUUUUGAAUUUUCUUGUCACAAAAAGAUAAAAUGAAGGGCCUCAACCAACAGAAGAGUUUUUCAACCAAUCUGAAUCUGUCUUCACUUGAAUGUCUUUGAGAAUAUGUAGAAAGGAAUUAAAUGCACCUUCAAGCAGUGUGCAUGAUAAGAACGUCCAUCAUUGUAUAUAAGCCUUUGUCAUAUUUCCCCUCAAGAUUAUACACUGUGCUUGAUGAGUGAAUAUUAAACAAAUCUGUUACCAGUCGUCAUUUUUGGUUAAUAAAAUUAUAGGCAUUAUUUCACAAACAAAAUAUGUACAGCAAUAUUAAAAUCUGAGUUCUGUAUCUACUUUAAUAAAUAUUUGUUUGUUUGUUUUGGCCAGUGAUAGUAAACACAUACUAUCUUUGGGA